UCUAAUACUUGAUUGAUCUUCAAUCAGUUGUUUUAGCCCUGUAAUUUCCUGAUGUUUGGUUUUUUGCAGGGUUGCGAUGGUUCAGUAAUGCUGAGUUAUUCAAAUGGUUCGAUAACAGAAACAGAGUCAGACAUGAACUUUGGAGUACGCAAACUUGACUUAAUAGAUGGAAUAAAGAGAUCUUUGGAGAGAAUUUGCCCUCAAACUGUUUCUUGUGCUGAUAUCAUUCAGUUAGCAGCUCGUGAUGGUGUACAUCUGGCAGGAGGACCUUAUAUAGAGAUUUUGACCGGACGAAGAGAUGGUAAAUUGUCAAGCAAGGAGAGAGCUGAUAAACAGCUUCCAGCUGCAGACAUUUCUGUUGACAAAUUCAUUAAAAAUUUCCAGCAGAAGAAUAUCACUCUCCAAGAAGGAGUAGCCCUUAUUGGGGCACACACGCUAGGCAUUAGCCAUUGCCGGAACUUUGAGAAGCGAUUGCAACCUACAGAGGAUCCUACAUUGUCAACAUCAUUCAAACUCACUUUACUGGUGAUUUGCAGCAAUCCAUUUUUAUCUAAUGUCACUUUUGCAACCAAUGAUGCUACUACUUUUGCAUUUGAUAAUCGUUACUUCAAUGCAAUACUUAAUGGAAGAGGACUACUCAAGAUUGAUUCUGAGAUUUCAAGUGAUCAAAGAACAAAACCUUAUGUCCUUGGAUUUGCAAGCGAUCAGCAGCAGUUUUUUAACAGCUUUACAUCAGGAUUCUUAAAACUCUCGAGCCAUAAAGUUUUGCUAGGGAAAGAAGGAGAAAUUCGCAAGGACUGUAGGUUUGUGAAUAAUUGAAUAAGAUUUGUGUUGUUGCUCAUCUUGUCAGCAAAUCAGCAAUCAAUAAACCUAAAUUUACAUAUGUAGGACAAAAAAUUUAAGUUUUCUUUCAAUCCAA